AUGAAGUUCACAGUCGCUGCCUCUGUCAUCGGCCUCCUGGCCGCUGGUACCAACGCUCAUAUGGAGAUGAGCAACCCUCCUCCUUUUCGCUCUAAGAGCAAUCCCUAUUCCACCAACAUCGAUUACUCUAUGACCAACCCUCUCGAUCAGGACGGCGGCAACUUUCCUUGCAAGGGCUACCACUCGCUUAUCGACACCGCCCAGGGUGCUUCUGUUGCCACCUGGACUCCUGGUCAGGACUACAGCAUCUCGGUAUCCGGCUCAGCCACUCACAAUGGCGGUAGCUGCCAGCUCUCACUCUCUUACGACAAGGGCAGCAGCUGGACUGUCAUUCACUCAUUCAUUGGCGCCUGCCCUCUCAAAGAGAAGUGGGACUUCACCCUUCCCAGCGAUGCCCCUUCUGGCAGUGCCAUCUUUGCCUGGUCCUGGUGGAAUAACCUUGGUAACCGCGAGAUGUACAUGAACUGCGCCCAUGUUACCAUUGGCGCCAACACUAGUUCUGCUUCCACCAAGCAGGCUGACGCCGGCUUCUCUAGCCGCCCCGCCAUGUUCGUUGCCAACGUCGGGAAUGGAUGUAAAACUGUUGAGACCUACGACGUCGAAUUCCCCAAUCCCGGCCCCGAUGUUACCCGCAGCAAUGCAGCUAAGCCUAAAGCCCCUACGGGAAGCUGCGGUGGGAGCAGCAAGAAGGUCGCCAGGUCUUUCUCUGCCUAA